CCAGGCUACCCGAUUCGUCACCGCAUCCAAUCAUGGCCGUUGUGCUAUUCUUAUCCGCCCUCGUCACGGCCUUUGGAAUACUUGGCUUACUCGGCUACCGUCUGCUGCCUCUACUGUCCAAAAGAAGCAUCUUGGCAUUUUCUCCAAACUCGCUGCGGAUCCGAGAAGUGGUGAUAGCAAUCCUUGCAAUGAUGCUUAAAUCCAUGUUUUAUUCAAUUACCAGAAUGCUAGGCCCAACGCCUGUGGGAUUGCAUCUCCGCUCGCCUCUCGUCAUAAGUGCCGAAGACAUUAUUCGUUUUCAUUCGGCAGUCGGACACAGAGAAGGUAAACUUUCACACUUGAAACAUGGCCAGCUAGUCUUGUUUCUUUCGGCCAUGACUGAGCCGGGCAUGCUUUUACUACUCGCCAGCCCGUGGUGUCCUAUCAAUCCCCUGGGUGCAGUUAACGUCCGCAACACAUUCGAGCUGAUUUGUCCGGAAUUAUGCGACCUAGAGAAGCUUACAAAUAUGGAUUCGAUGUACCUUGAUGCAGUAAUGCACGCAGAACCAACAAGAGUAAAGCGUGGAAUCGAGUGGGCUCUCGAAAUAACGAUUAGUGCACCCAGCGAUAGGAACAAUGGGAUGUAUCAGACUAUUUUUCGCCAAGUUUUCACCAUGCUGGAAUUCAAAAAGACGUCAGGCAGCCUCAUUUCGAAAGGCUCGGAUGAAAUCAAACAUGAUGCGUCAACAUCAGGAUCUACACGCACUAGGACGCAAAUAUCAUUAUCCAAAGACGAUCCGUUGAAAUGGGCAAUGUUAUGCAAGGACUACAAUUUUAUACAUCUGUCUGGACUCGCUGCAAAGCUGUUUGGUUUACCCGGAAAGCUUGCACACGGAAAUCAUGCAGCCGCAAAAGCAUUACAGAGCUUGCCUGACGCUGGAAACAGGGCAUUGCCAAACAAUAUCCCCCUGCAGAUGCGAGUAGACUUCAAAAAACCAAUGGUAGUCCCCGGUAUCUUUGAAGUGUGCAUAAAAGAAUCACCUUCUACUGGCAUUGGAUUUGAAAUCCUCCAAAAGGGAAAAGUCCAUGCCAUUGGUGCAUAUGGUCCACUAGAGCCAGACAGAUAGUAACUCCAGAGGUACCUCGAGACGACCUUGUCCUAUUUGCAUACUUCAUCUAGUGUUCAUACUCGAGUUGUGCAUGAUGACAACUCUUUCAACAUCUGGACCAAUCUUCACAGACUCGCUUACGUAU